UUUCAGCUUUGCAAGUGAGUUCGAGUUGAUUUCUUCCCUUGGAAACUGCUAGUUGGUGGUGGUCAGCAGAAGUCUCAACAUAGACAUAGGUGAGGAAGGUUCUUGCUGAGACUCGACCCCAAGAAAACCCCAAAGGAGCACCCUGAGAACUGAUUUCAGGAUGAAGCUGCAGGGGCGAAGAAGUGCUUUUAACACCAACAAAUGCUGCCCUUUGACCAACAGAUGCAGGAGGAGUCUUCUUCCAAAUACUGCAGCCCCUGAGGUGAGAAUCUGGCUCCUAAGAGGGCAACUUCCUCUCCUGCUGCUGUGCUCAAGUCUGCAGAGACCCACGGUCGCAGUUAAAAUUGACUUUGACUUGGCACCCGGUUCCUUUGAUGAUCAGUACCAAGGCUGCAGCCAACAAGUCAUGGAGGACCUGAUUCAAGGGGAUUAUUUUACGAAAGAACUAGAAUCUCGUAGGAAUUAUCACAGGGUCUGGCAACGUGCACACUUAGACUGGUUGACACAAGGAAAAGCUCUCCCUGAGAACAUGACUGUUACACAUGCUGUGGCCAUCUUGGUUUAUUCGUCGAACGGCAGUGUUCGUUCAGACUUCUCCAGAGCCAUGGCCAGUGCUGCUGGGUCUCCCCAGCAAUAUAAACAUUCAUUCCAUUUCAAAUAUCUACACUACUACCUGACCACGGCAAUCCAGCUGCUGAGGAAAGAGAUUGUCACAAGGAAUGACUCUCUGUGUUAUGAGGUGCACCAUGAGGUGAAGGGUGUUUACUUGGAAGCCCCCAUGAGUGCCACCAUUCGCUUUGGCCAAUUCCUCUCCACCUCUUUCCUGAGAGAAGAGGCACAGAAGUUUGGGGACCAAACUCUAUUUACCAUAUUGACCUGCCUGGGGGCACCUGUACAAGACUUCUCUCUCAAAAAGGAGGUCCUGGUCCCUCCGUAUGAGCUGUUUGAAGUUGUAAAUACGAGCUACCACCCAAGAGGAAAUUGGUUGCAAUUGCAGUCAACUGGGACCCAGAGUGCGUAUAACUGUCAGCUGCUAAAAGCCACAGUCAUUUGACGGAGCAAAUGCUGUGCAAAUUCGAUAGCAGAUGCCGUACCCUGUUUGAUUCAGAAAGAGGAAGACUGUCCUUAUCCACAUGCGCAUUCCUUUACACUCAAAGUCAACUGCAACCCAGCUACAGGGUCUACCUUUGAAAUAUUCCCGAAUCUUCCUCUACUCCAUCAUCACUGCUGCUGUUAAUAAUUCAGCCUGUCUGCGUUUCUCAACACAUCAGGGCUGCAGUGCUGCAAACGUCCUCAAACUGGCAUCCACACUGAGGUCAAGGUCCUGCUCACUCUGGCCUAUCUGUAAGGCCAGAGACAGUCAUUUCCAUUAACUGAUAAGUAACACUCUGCUUAUUCCAACAUCCUGGAGCGGUACUAGAUUGAUGCAAACAUGAACUAUGGGAGAAGGGAGGUGGCAUGUUUUUCUUAUCUGAGAAUCCUUCACUGGGAGGGAGUGAGGUCAGUGGUCUCCCCAGCCCUGUUUUUCCAGAUGGCUGCUGCUGCCCACUUGACUUCUGACCAAUCACCUGGACUAACCUUUAACCUCAGCCUGGGGAAUUCACAGAAUCUAAUUUCUCAUGAAACUGGAAUCCUCUCAGGAGACUGUUUCUUCUCCUUUCGAUUUUUUCACCAGCAGAAGCCACAAACUAUUCUAUGUCCCCAAAAGUCCCUAUGAGCCAGUGACUUACGUUUCCUCUCCGGUUCCCUUUUAAUCUGACAGACGCAAUAUGUGAAAAACAACAUGAAGCCGUUUAAAAUGGGUCAGCCAGGGACACUGCAGUUCUCCCGAUGAAGAGACAGUAGAUUAAAGAGCAGAGCUUCCCCAGUCCUUCAAUGUAUUUCAAAAUUGCUUCCAUUAAGUUGUAACUGAAGUUCUCAAGUUCAAAGAGUUCCUAGGAAUCUGUGGCCUUCGAAGAGUCAAAAGGUCAAAUUGGUAGCAUAACUCAUCGAUGGGAGUGAGUUUGCAAAAGAAAAAUUGUUUAAGACAUUCUAAACUGAUAGCUUUUUCUUCUAAUUCUUCUCUCACCCCUCACAUGACCUAUACUUGUUACCAUAGAAACAUGUUUUCAGGCCCCGUGGAAGACUUAAAAUAUGUUACGUUAGUUAUUUGUCCUUAACUGUUGCUUCUUUCAACAAAAUAAUCUGUGCCAAAAAUCUGUAGACACACAAAUACACGCUCUGUUCUGUAUCAUUGGGUUCACAAAGAAGAGGGGUUUAUUUGCGAAAAUGUUUCACAUAAUUAAAAUUCUUAAGCAUGCUUCUAGAAAAAAAUGUAGCCAAUUGUUUGUAGUCAGUGUGGUUUUACAUGUUAAUCUUGCCAGUUACUAGCAGUGGGAAUACAGGCAAAUGGCUUAGUCUCUCUGUGCCUCAGUUUCUUUAUAUGUAAAUGGGAAUAAUUUU